ACUACGGAAACACGUAUCAUUGUAGCCGAUCACGCUACAUUUGUUUCUUUCGUAGUACUGGGUCAAUACGCGUUGCUCUAAGCUACAAGUACGCCGCGCGACUGUCAUUGCCGAGAGGUUCAUUCCACGAAUUGUCGAGCUUCACACGACAAUCACUGUCAGCCUGAUUGCUAGUCAUGGGCCCUACGAAUGACGUCUGCUCAAACUCGGAUGAUCCGCACGUUUUGGAUUUUUCCAAUCGAGGGCUCAAGAAAUUGGAGAAGAGAGACGGGGUCGGAGUCGAGAAGCUCUCGCUGGACCAUAAUGAACUUACCAAGCUCGAUAACAUCGACUGCUUUCUGGACCUGCAAAAGCUCUCUGCCACCCACAACCAAAUCACGAGGAUGUACUCCCUGGCAAGGCUCUCCCAGCUAUCCAGCCUGGACCUCUCGAACAAUGUGCUCGUCUGCAUAGAAGCGCUCAAAGAUUUGAAAUACCUUGUUUCUGUAAAUUUGUCCAAUAACAGAAUAAAGAGCUUGCAGAACAUCCAAUUCUCCACCACCCUGGUCUACCUGGACCUUUCUGGAAACUUAAUUCCAUCUCUGAUAGAUCUCACAUCCCUGACACGAUUAAAGACGCUUCUUCUGAAAAGGAAUGAAAUCACAACCCUGCAGAAGGCUCAAGUUUAUCUUCCAAGCGGACUGUGUGUCUUCUCCGUGGCAGAGAACAAAAUUACGGACCUCACGGAAGUUUCCUUUCUCUCCCACCUGUCCUCCCUGGAGAGUUUCUCUAUUGGUGGGAACCCGUGCGUCAACAUGACUGGCGGCAUCGUUGGCUUUGACUACAGGCCUUACGUCAUCAACUGGUGCCUGGGGCUGAGGGUUCUGGAUGACUUUGUAGUGACUCAGAGGGAGAGCCUCAAGGCAGAGUGGCUCUACAGCCAAGGCAAAGGGCGCUGCUUCCACCUGGGCGACCACUUGGCUCUUGUCGAGUACCUCUCUCAAGUGUGUCCACUGACGGCUGCCGAUCAGAUGGAGUCUGAGGACGAGGAGAGAAUUUCGCGCAUCUUGCGCAUGCAACGCCAGCACCGAGAGCAGCUCUUGCACGAGAUGUCGCCCGCGGCCAGCUUCCAGGCGGCGUGUGCCGGGGACAACAACAAUGGCGGCGGUGCCGUCGCCAGCGUGGCCCAGGGGGCCCCGGCCAAUCGGACGCAGCACUGCCCCCACGGCAAGCACCACGGACCUUCCGGCAACCGGAGACCGAAAAGUGCUGUUGGGAGGCUUUCGUCGGGACGGCAAACCACCUUCGUCAAGGAGAAAUGGGGGGACUUUUCAGCCAGCGAAGACGAGCGGGGGGCCGCCAGCCUGGGCUACGACCCGUUCCCAGACCUGCUGGCCCACUCGGAUGAGGGGCCCGUCAGGACCUCGGCCCACUGCAAGUUCUCCGAGGCAUCCGAGCUGCUCAGCUCUGAGCUGACGCGCUCCGUCAUCGACCCCAGGAGUCCGCUCACUAUAGAGAGGGUCACCGACACACCACACAGCAACGAGCGGGGAAGACAAAGGCGGUCCCGUAAAGAUGACAUCAUGACACGGUCUGUGCCAGAGUUCCGAUCAGAUGGCUCGCCAGUGCUGCACAGCUACGGAAAGUCCUCCUAUGGCAGGUCGUCUCCACGGGCCAUUCCAGUGCGCAAGGUGUCGUCCAAACGCAGCUCGGCGUCCAUCACAACUCCGACGGAUGUGGUGCUGCCGGCGGGGAUGAGCUCCACCCGUAGCUUCGACGGCAGCGCGGUCUCCAGCAGCAUGGCCGCCAGCACGGUGGCGGCUGCGGGCACCUCUCGGCUGCACCACCACCAGCGGAGCCCCUCCGACGGAGGACUGCACCGCAGCUCCAGCUUCCGCACACCCACGGGGCGCUCCCCUUACGCCACUGUCGCCACUGCUUCGCCGCGCAAGGGACAGCGUUCUUCCUCCGUCUCUGCAAUCUCCUGCCCUCCUCCCUACUCUCCGCGAAAUGUUCCCAGCAGGGUGCCCAGUUCACGGUACGGCAACGUCCCUGCAGUGCAGCCUGCCGGCCAGAACAACCUCAACAUCACGACUACCAUCAACCACAACAACAACCAACAGCAGCAGCAGCAAAACAUCCACAACAACAACAACAACAGUGCUGCCUUGCUGGUGGAGUCUGACCCCCUGCUCAAGCAGAGAAGCCAGGCCGUGGGGCUGGAGGUGCUGGACAGGGCAGCGGUCAAGAUCCAGGCCCUGUGGAGGGGCUACCGGGCGAGGGCCCACAUGGACAAGGUUCACAAGGUCUGUCAGGAAGUGCGCUUGAGGAGGCUGGAGGAAUGUGUCCUCGACAUUCAGUCCAAGCUGACCAGAGUCAACGAGGCCCUGCUCAAACAACAAAAGGAACUGGAAGAAGAAAGGAAAUACAGGACCUCCAACAAUGAAGCACUGAACAAACUGUUGACUAACAUGGAGCAGUUGGAAGGCCACAUCACCAAGAUGUUUCACCAGCAACUGGUUCAGCAGCAGCAGCUUAGCCUGAGAGAGAAGGCCACUUUCAAGCCGAUCUGCAACGAGCCACAGACUACAGAAUCGUCGUCGUCAUCGUCUUCCGAGGUCACCGUCGGCAACGGCGCAUCCACUUCAUCCUCUGCACCAAAGGCUCCUUCGCAGUGUGCAGCCGCCCCGAAAGAGGAACAGUGUCCUCUGCCUCCAACCAGCCAGGAAAGACUCGAGUGCCGAAACGGGGCAGGCUUCAAUCUGUCUCCGGAGCAGACCUCAUUGGACGGCACGAGUGCGGACGACACCACGUGUACAAGCAUGUCAGAGGGCGAAGUGCGGCCUGCCGAAGUCGGGCCCGACGAAAUCUGCUCUGGCAAAGCCCGACCCAGCGAAGCUCACUCUGGCGUAGAAGACGCGGCACAAGCCGACAGGGGGACCACGCUUCAAGCGGAACCUGGAGCCGAAGAGAAUGCGGAGUCUGCCUGUCUUUUGGCCCUGAACAACAGGCUGGCCAGGUUGGAAGCUGUCAUCAUGAAACUCGCCAUCCCAGACCCAAGCUUGCUUCUGGGGAGCGCAUUUACAAACCCUUAAGGCCACUGUAGCAGACGCAAGUUGCUGCUCCACGAAACCCCAGAGAAAGUCCCUUUUAUGUUAGCAUCCUAUGCAUUUUUGUUUUGCAUUGCUCAUCGAUAUACGGUUCCUCAGUCGAGUUCCUCAUGUACGGAGAUUUCACUUUCACUGAAGUUUGUCCAUUAAUUCAAACAGUUUCUGCUAUGUGUAGCAGAGUCUCGCUCGAUUUCCGACUUGGUGCUUGGACAGUAGGUUCUCGAAGAAACAGCGACAAAAGAAGAGUUUGAAGGCACGCACAAUGUAGCUGGGAACCAAAGCAUGAAACAGUAAAGAGCAUCGUACAGAUACUGCAGGAAAACGGUAUAGGAAGGCGUAAGUGAAGGCUAAAUGAGGAGUGGUCAUUAGGGAUAUUCACAAUCAAAGGAGAGCUUCAGCACUGCUUGGCCUCUAGGAAUCCUUCAAACUCAUCAUUUCAUGUUCCUUGCAGUAACACUGUUCUCUGCUCUUUCACCGCUGUGGAAGCUAGUAUAUUUGGCCCGUCUGUUUUUAAUUUUGCAUGUGGCAAUUUGAUUUUAGUUGACUUGCAUGUUUUGUGUAGCAUCAGAUGCAUGUAACAUCUAGAAGUUUUGUGGAAGCCACAUUCUCAUACCACGUGUUAUGCGGAAUGAUAGCAGCUACUUGAAAUUAAGGCAAUGCUACUUCUCUCAAAAAGAUUAGAAGAAGCUCUUUUAUUUCUUUUAUUUAAUUUUUUAAUAGUAUACCUAUAUAUGCUAGCUUUUAGCACUGCCACGUCUAAUAUUGUCAGAUGCUUCUGAGAAAAUUGUGCAUUUUGUUUUUUGGCCUUUUGUACCAACUUUACACAAGGAUGCUCUUACCAACACCUGUGCGAAAAUAGCAACAGAACAAAUCAUUCAGUGACCCUUUUUGUGGACUCUUUUGUGCAGCAUGAUUUUUGUAUGACAAAGCAAUUCCAGAGUUACUGUUACAGACACAAGAUGAGCACCCACCUUGAAACGUCAACAUAUUGUUAAAAAAAAACGGCUUAUUUUUGCAGAUUUCGGUUUGUGGAGUGCAACUCCCUACCAGAUUCUAAUGAAGAGGACCUACUUUUUUUUUAGUUAAUUUGUUUUAAAAACUGGGCCCCUACAAAAGAGGCUUUUUACAUGUUUCCUUUGCAUUCUUCCACAAAGCGACAGAAAUAUUUUAUCUGCAUUAUUUAAUGUUUUAAAUAUAAAGCCUAACAUUGCUUUUUCUUUCAUGGUCACUUUUUUAUGUCAAGACACGACAAUAAGCUUAAAGGGAUACCUCGACGAUUUUUUUUAGCUACCCCAACAAACUGUAUUUUCUGAAUUCCCAGCCUUUACCAUCUCCGAUGUGCUAUUUAGAAUUCAGAUUAGUUAUUGCGAAAUCUGCAAAUGAAAAUGAUGCCAAAACCAGCAUUCAAAUAUACCCUCACUUUUCAGUGCCGCGAUGUCGGUGGUACGGUAGGCUUGUCAGUCGAGCGGGCAGUCAAAAAAUGGAAUAUGCCGAGCUUUUGUUUCGUUCUGCUGCGUGCAAUGUUGGAGCGAGCUUUCAAAGCAUUCAUUUGACACCACAUAACUGCUUGUAAUCAGUUAAAAACAAAUUCUACAGUCCAAAAAGUAAAUCGCUGCCUGCCCCUGACGUCGCUUUUUCCUUGCUGCCAGUAGAGACUUUCAGUUUGAAAAACACGACGAGGUGAAAAUGGUAAAUUCAAUAACUUCGCUAAAAAAAUAUUAUCUUGGCCUAAUAGUUGAGAUACUAUUUCAGCAACGUUUUUUGGUGUUUAGCAAAGUUUCAGGCAAAUUGGGGACCGUCAAGAAAACACCGAAGUACCCCUUUAACCUUCUUUGAUUUUGCUGCGAUACGUCUGCCCUACGAGUGCAACAUUGGUGCUUUUUCGCAUUUUACUCCAACAGGGUAUUCUGCACAAUUAACUGCGUUCUAUUCCUCAAUUCAGUUCUUUCACGAGGAUGUGCUGCUCUUCAUUUUUAAGGAUAUGUGUGCUACAACCGAGGUUACAAACAGGUGUUGCCAGCCUCAGCCAAGUCGUCCCACUUCGCAAAAUGACAACAUGGCUCGCUAUUAGAGGAAGAGGACCGGGGUACCUCGGUCAUAAGCGAAACAUUAGAAGUGUAACAUGUAUAGAUCUCUUAACAUAUGGCUAGACAAUAGCUAGCUAGAGCCCUGUAGCCACUGUGUUUUGCAGUAUACGCCAGUGAAGUACUCCCGUGUUUUCUUUCUCGGUUGCUACCAGUUCCAGGUGUAGCGUGUCAGAAAAGACUCAAGAGCCCUCGUCCCAUCCGGUCGCUUGUACGAACAAACGUUUCGUCACGCCCUGCGUUGGUAAAAGACUGGGUCGGUUACCCUCGGUUCUUGUCCAUUUCACCGUGCAUCUGUAGAAAAGCAUGCGCAUGUAAGUCGCCCGUCCCCCAACUUGAGUUGUUUGUCCCAAAGCCUAGACUUAGAAGUGUAUACGGAGGUUGUGCAGUAAAACAAUAACACUGUAGUUAUCAGCACCGAGUGUCCCUGCUCCGGUCGUGCGUCCCAUGCGGUAGCAACACCCAAAAAUGCUUUGCCAACAAAUUUGCAAGCUGAGCGCUGUGGUUGUGCAUUUAAUUAAAACGUUGGCCCAGGAAUGACGGACAGGUCGGCGACGAGUCUUUUUUUUUUUUUUUUGGAACGCUGGAAAGUAGUAAUCUAGUCAAUAUCACGUGGGCAUUAAUUACCAAUGGAACCUACAACUGUGCUGCGGCAAGUUAGGGCAAAAUGCAAGCUCCCUCCAUGAACAAAGCAGGAUCUGAUCAUUGCGCGAGAUAUGGCCUACGCAGAGUUCCGGGUUUCGUUGCACUUGCAACUGCUCAUUAUUUUUAUGUACAUUGUGGAUCUGGCAGCAGUUAUAUACCACAGCCUGCUGGGCUUUGCCGUGGCGUUUUUAUUCGUUGUGCUGAUGAAUUGCUAAUAAAAAAAAAAAGUCUACACUCGUCA